AUGGUCAAGGAAUACCUCAAGACAAUCGAGGCCAAAAUCGCCGAAAUUCCUGGAAUGCCGAAACCCAUGGAAGAAGAGGCAGCAGAUGGCUAUAUAGAAUCCCCAUUCUCAAAAGAGAUCGCCAUGGUAGAGGUGCCAAAGAGGUUCAGCACGCCCAAUAUGACCAUGUAUGAUGGAACAACGGACCCUGAUGAGCAUGUAUCCCUUUACAAGAAGAAGAUGAUAACAAGCUCAAUCCCUAGAGACAUCAGAGAGGCUAUCAUGUGCAAAGGCUUUGGAGCCACGCUAUCAGGAAUGGUGAACCUAUUUAAGGUCCAGUUUGCUAGCAGCAGAAAAAUCGAAAAGCAGUCUUCAGAUCUGUACCGCGUUGUGCAGAGACAUGGUGAAUCCUUGAGAGAUUAUCUUAACAGGUUCAACAGGGAGAAUAUUGGAAUAUAUAAGUGUGAUGCUCCCACAACAAUCGAAGCAUUCAGAAGAGGAUUGCUAGACCAUAGUGAGCUCUAUAAGGAGUUGACCAAAUAUCCCUGUACACCUUUGAAGAUGUGCAAGCCAAAGCUAUGGCUCAAGUCAGAUUUGAGGAAGAUGCGUACGCAAGAAAAGACUCCCAAUCCAGAUCGCCAGUCAAGAAGGAACAACAAUUUUCCUAUAAGGGAUCACCGAUUCAAGCCGUAUCAGCGUUCCCGCUUUGAUGAGGGAUCAGUCAAUGCUGUCGAAGAAGAAUUUUCUGAUCGGAGGGAAGAUCCUAAAGGCUACCUCAAAGAACUCCUGUCAGAUAAAUCUAAAGCUUCAGGGAGGGAAAGAGAAUCUAAGCAAGGAGGUCCUCCACCUCCGCCUCCAAUUAUCAAAACCAUCUGUUUCAUAUCAGGGGGAUCAGAAGUAUGUGGUUUAACGUAUUCUGCAGCAAAGCGACAUGCAAAGGAGAGUAAUAAGGAUCAAUCUGACAAGAGGAAGAAAUCCAAGAUAGACAUUCCCAUCAUGUUUGAAGAAAGCGAUGUAGUAGAAGGCCAUCAUGACGGCCUAGUGAUUUCACUCCCAGUUGGAAACUGCAUGAUCAAGCGUAUCCUAGUGGACAAUGGAAGCUCUACAAACAUCAUCAUGCUUGACACUCUGAAACAUAUGAACAUAGACGAAAAGAACAUCGUCAAAAAGUCAACAAUGUUAGUGGGAUUCAGUAGGGAAACCAAGAAGAUAAGUGGAGAGAUUACAUUGGCCACGUACGGAAAAGGAAUCAACCUACAGGUCAAGUUCUUAGUGGUUGACACUCUAUCUUCGUACAAUAUGAUCUUAGGCAGACCCUGGAUACAUGAGAUGAAGGCCAUCCCCUCUACAUACCACCAAGUCAUUAAGUUUCCUACUAGGUGGGUAUUCAAGAAAUCAGUGGAGAUCCUAGGAAGCUAA